AUGAAGGAGUGUGCGACGCGGUGGAUGACCGCGGGGCAAACGUGGACCGAGGUCGAAGAAGAUGCGGAGCCGGUGAUUCAGAACAUCGUGCUGCUGGAGAACACCUCGCUGGCCGUACGGGCUCUGAUCCAGGGCAUCAGAACUGAGCAAGACCCUGCCGUGGUGGUGCCCGCCAUCAAGCACCUCCACAUCCUCCACGACAUCCUCUACAGGUUCUUCGAGGCUCGAGGUGCGUUCAACCAACCGACUCAGGGCUAA